UGCGCGUGUGCGUGCGUGCGUGCGUGCGUGCGUACGUACGUACGUCCGGGCUUCUCCCCUGUCGUGCACUCGCAUCAGCACCACCAGCACCAUCAGCAGCAGCAUCAGCCACACAAAGGGGGUCUGCGCGCGCCGGGAGGAGGACUCGCGGAAAGAGCGGAGGCGACCGGGCCGCUUCCAGCCCCUCAGACGGCUCUUUGGGCGGAGGAAGAAGACGGAGGCUGAGGGGCGGCUAGAUGGAACGCCGCUGAAAGCCAGUUUCUCCACCGGCGAGGUUUGCAAUGGAGUCGUAUUCGCCGACGAGGAGUCCUCUCAACAUCUGAGGGGGGCCAAUCCCGUCGGUUCUCGAGCCCUCUCCCACGACAGCAUCUUCACCCCGGAGGCGGAGCCCGGUCCGGAUCUCGCCAUGUCCCAGGAAAACGUCUCAGAUAAAGUGAGGAACCUGCAGCGGCAGAUAGCUGAAGGUAUCAAGUUCGGUCAGAGGCCUCCUUCUCUGAGGAGAAGUGAGGGAGAUGAGGGAAGCUCCGAUGAAGAAGAGGUUCCCCAGAGUCCCUUGAAGGUCUCGGCCCAGAUGGAAGCCGAACCCGCAGAGCUAAAGCAGGUCCAUCAAGCCGGACCACCCAGCACGCCGGUAAAGUCCCCGAGGUCCAGGCGUGUCCUCCCUCCCACUGGCACCAUUGAGUCCAUCAACCUGGACGCCGUCCCGCAGGCGGCCCCCCGCCUGGACAACACCGCCGCCAGGCACAAGCUGUCCGUCAAACCCAAGAACCAGAGGUUGUCCCGGAAACACCUGCGCUUCACACAGGACGUCCAGGAGGGUUCGAUUCCCGGCGUGGUGCGAGAGGAACCCGAGGACCAGCGCUCCCCAGAGAUGCUCCACGAGGAGGAGAGGAGGGAGCUGGAGGAAGAGGAGCGGAGGAAGAGAGCAGCAGAGGAGCUGAGGCUCGAGGAGGAGAGGUGUCGUAAACAGAGGGAGGAGGCCGAGAGGAGGAUGCGGGAGGAGGAGGAGAGCAGGAUGCGGGAGGAGGAGGAGGAGGAGGAGAGGAGGAUGCGGGAGGAGGAGGAGGAGAGGAGGAUGCGGGAGGAGGAGAGGAGGAUGCGGGAGGAGGAGGAGGAACAGAGGAGACAGCUGGAAGAGCAGAAGAGGAAACAACGAGAGGAGGAAGACGAGGCGAGGAGGCAGCGGCAGCUUGAGGUUGAGAGGAAGAAGAAGCUAAGAGAGGAGGAGGAGGACAGGAAGAGAGAGGAGCAAGCGGAGAAGCGGAGGUUGCAGGAGAUUGAAACAGCGGCGGCAGAGGAGAGGAUGAGGAAGGAGCAGGAGGAGCAGCGCUGGAGGGAGAUGGAGGAGCGACAGAGGCCUUUCUCCUUCAAGGUCUCCUCCGGGGAGAAACAGAUUCUGUUCCAGAAGGUCCACCUGACGCCCGUCACGCCGGCGUCUGCCCCACCAAGCAGAACCCUGUCCGAGCAGCUAGACAGCGGCAAGGCCUCGUCCUCCUGCGACGGACCGGAGUCCCCCAACCUGCCGACGUCCCCGUACGUCCCCCACACUGCCAUCCUGGUGACGGGCGCCCAGCUCUGCGGCACGGCGGUCAACCUGGACCAGAUCCGAGACUCGGCCUGCAUGUCCCUGCUGGGCCUGGGCGACGACAGGAAGGCGCAGGGGACGCCGCCGAGCAAGACCUCGCCGGACCGCAAGUCCGGCAAAACCAAGUCGCUCAAUGAGUCCUCGCUCUCCACGGACCAGUCCGUCCUCGCCGAAUGGGCCAGCAUCCGGUCCAAGAUAUUCAAGGGGGUGGAGGAGGGGAAGUACGACGAGUACCCGGAACCGAGCAAGAACCAGCCCGGCGGGGAAGACCCGGCGGCGUCCCCCCACACGAACCUCAGGAAGACCAUGUCUGCCAGCGCCAAGUUCUCCAUCACCCCUGCAAAGAAGAAGUUCGGAGAUUCGAACAGGAACUCCGAGGUCUUCGGUGCCGACGAGAAGGAGGCGGGUCGGGAAGCUGAUCCGUCAGACAGCCCCGCCGGCGCCUCGCCGGGUCCGACCAGCAAACCCCGGAGCACGACGAGCAAAAGCGUGCGCAUCGCGGAGCGAGGCUCCGACGGGUGCAUGUUCGCCAAAGACCUGCCCUCCUUCCUGGUCCCGAGCCCCGGAGCCAACCCGGAGGCGGAGCCAUCGGAGGCUGAAGCGUCCGAGGGCGGAGAGGAGGCCGGGUUCCAAGGCCGGGACGGCGAGGACAUGCCUUCGCCGUUCGGCAUCAAGCUGAGGAGGACCAACUUCUCUCUGCGCUUCCACAGCGAGCAGUCGGCGGAGAAAAGGAAGAAGCGAUACAGCGCCGGGGACAGCUUCGACGGCGUCCCCUCGCCGCUCACCCCCAUCGAGCCGGACUCCGACGCCUCCUCCGUCUUUUCCGACAAAUCCACCAGUCCCACGUCGCCUCAGAAAGACGCCGCGGGGGGAAAGCAACCGCACGCGUCCGCCUCCCACGCGCCCCCCCGGGCCAAACUGGGUAAAUCAACGUGCGAGGUCGGGAAGGUGCUCUCCAAGCCACCCGUCUACCGGAGGCCGACCGCGUCGCCGAGGGCCUGCGGAGCGGCCCCCACGCCUCCGCCCUCGCCGCUGCCCAAAGCGGCACAGGAGGCCACGGGCCAGAGGACGGGCGGGAGCGAGGAACCGUCGGCGGUCGCCCAGUUGCACCGAGGUCAAGUUCGAGGGGAGGAGGAGCCGAAGGAGAAGAGAUCCUUCUUCCCCUCCAUCAACAUCCCCUGGAGAGAGAAGACGGACCAGAAGACGGAGCUCAAGAAAGAUAAACCCUCGCUGCAGAGCAGGCACUCGCUGGACGGCUCCAAGGCGCAGGAGAAGGAGGCCGGGCCCUUGUGGAUCACGCUGGCUCUGCAGAAGCAGAAGGGCUUCAGGGAGCAGCAGCAGAACCGGGAGGACCGGCGGAGCCACCGGGAGAACAAAGCGCCCGAGAAGCAGACCCGAGACAGGGACAGCGUGGCGCCGCCGAGCCCCACGGAGAGCAAAGGGAGCAGCGCCCCGCCCCCUAAACCGCCGACGCCAGAGGAGCCGCGGCGGCCCGACAGCCUGCUGGGCCGCUUUGAGCGGCGAGAACACCUGAAGAAGGCCAACACUCUGCCGAGCUCCGUCACCGUUGAGAUCGCCGACUCCACGCCGUCGCCCCCCGCCGUGACCAAGCGCUUCCCCUCCGGCGACCCGCAGCAGGUCUCCACGGAGCCGGCCUGGCUGGCGCUCGCCAAGCGGAAGGCCAAAGCCUGGAGCGACUGUCCUCAGAUCAUCAAAUGACACCCGAGACCCCCCCAGCAGACUGAGGCACCCCCCCCCCAACACACACACACACACACACACACAGACACAAAAAAGCAAAGAAAACUCACCAACUCACCAUGAAACCCCCCCUGACUGAAACAGGUAACGCCCUCCAUCAUCACCCUCAUCUUCCUCCUCGCGGACACACACACACACACACACGCACACACACACUUGUUGUGCGCACGCACAUCCUGUAUACAGACACACAACCUAUGAAAUGUCCCACACGGGGUCGCGUAGGAACCGUGUGACGCGAUCGAUCAUCUGAUUGGUGUUUUAAGGGCUACAAGCAACAACAAGCUUUUGUUCUUUAGUGACGCCGUGGACUCUUCUACAUGUGGACUCACAAAACCACCACAAAGAGACUCAAAUUAACUAUGAAGGGAACUAAAGGGGGGGUCAUCAUAUACGUCUCUAUGUCAGUUGUCCGUACAAAUGUAGAUUUUUUAAACUAAUUUCUCUAAACUAAGCCGAACAAUGUGAUUUGCCAUUUUUGUCUAAAUAAGUCUGUGGGGGAGGGAGGCGGGACUUCAUGUGAAGGCGGACACAACUGUAACAAACGACGUCCUGUGAAACGCACCACCCUGCUUCAGUAUGAAGGAAGAAGAAGAACAUUUCCCCGCCUCCCUCCCUCCCUCCCUCCCCCCUCCCCCUCGUGUGUAACAGAACAACGUUUGGCAUCAUUCGCACUUUCUUUGGUUGUUUGGGACACAAAAUGUUCUGAAAAUGUAAAUUAAAUUCUGAUGUCUGAACCCGA